GACAGCUUUAUUUACGCGGGCAAUUCUCCAGCUGCAGAGCUACUAUAGCCUUAGCCUGCUUGGACUGGUGAACUUUGUGAUUUUGUGAUUGUGAAAAUGUCACAGCGCAGUAUUACGAGUUUCUUCUCUGUCCAAAAAAAGAAGGUCGAAGAGGAAAAGAAUGACACCGAAACUACAAAAGUCGACAAUGAGCCGAAGAGCAAACAGCGCACAAAAUCACCUCUCUCGACCACGCCGGUCAAAAAAGGGAAAAAAUCUGCUUGCGUCGACGAUGGCUCACCCAUAGGAAAAAAGCGAAAGCAAACCAAAAAGCUUGUUUUGAGUUCUGAUGAGGAUGACUAUGAGAACAUUACUCCAAAGUCAAGCAAAUCAGGAGGCUCUGAGGAAUCAAGCGGAAACUCUGCAAGUUCUUCAUCUGAGGAGGAAGCAGUUAAAGUCUUAUCCACAGGAAGAAAGAAACGGGUCAAGGGAGCGACAGCUUUGAAAGAACUGGAGGCAAAGCGAGCGGCUAAACGGGCUCGAGUUGAUAAUGGACCAGCGCCUGAAAAACCAGCCAAAAAGGAAGAAAACUCUGAGGAAAAGGUUAAAGAAGAAUGCAGUGAGGUUGCUGAGGAGAAGGGGGAAAGCAGUGAAGUGUCUGUGGGGAAGGCAGGGGCCAGUGAAGUUGCAGUAGAAAAAGAAGAGGCCAUGGAGGUUGAAGAACCUGAAAUGAAAAAUGAGGCAGUCGAGGACAAAAAGGGAGAAAGCAAAGAAACAGCUGCUGUUGAUCCCGAUGACAGCGAAACUAAAGAAGUCUUAGAAACCAGUGAUUUCAGUGACACUGAAAAGGAAACUGUUGACAUAAAUCCUCCCAGUAAAAAGACAAAUGCAAAGAAACCCGCCGCCAAAGGCAAGAAAGGCAAAUCUGCAGCAAAGAAGAAAAGCCCUGUUGCAGAAAAGAAGAAAAACACCGCACCAGUCGUUGCGCCUGCUAAGAAAACAAUGUCAAAUUUCUUUGGCCGCAAAGAGGAAUCAAAGGAUUCUCCGUCUGAUGACAACAAAUCCACCUUGGUUAAGCCUAGCGGGUCGUCUAACAGUGCUGAGUACAACCCACUCGCGUCCAAGUACCAUCCCAUUGAUAAUGCCAGCUGGCAAAAGGGAAAACCGGUCCCAUAUCUGGCACUCGCCCGCACUCUGGAAGCAAUUGAAAACACAAGUGCGCGUCUCAAGAUUACAGAGAUCCUCUCCAACUUCUACCGCUCGGUGAUUGUUAUGAGUCCUGAAAAUCUAAUUCAGUGCGUCUACCUGUGCCUCAACAAACUCGCUCCUGCUUUCGAAGGACUAGAGCUGGGCUUGGCAGAGAAGUCUCUGAUGAAAGCAGUUUCGCAGAGCUCGGGACGCAGCGACAAGCAGGUUUUGGAGGAGCUUGACAGCACUGGCGACCUCGGCAUUGUUGCUCAAAACUCGUGCGGACGACAAACCAAACUCUUCAAACCACCUCCUUUGAAUGUGCCUAAAGUUUUCAGCCAGCUUAAAGAAAUUGCCGCCAUGAAAGGCAGAGAUUCAAUGACCAGGAAACUGGAAAAGGUGUCUGCCAUGUACAACGCAUGCCAACCCAUUGAGGCUCGUUAUCUGCUGCGCUCACUGAGUGGAAAACUCCGAAUUGGGUUAGCUGAACAAACUGUUCUCCAGGCGCUUGCUCUUGCUUGUGUGACGACUCCCCCAGAGCAGAAAGAAUAUCCGCCAGCUGUGCUGAAUGCUUCCCAGGGUAUUUCUGCUGAAAGUUUCAAAUCAAAGCUUGAUGAACAUGCGCUAAUCCUGAAAACUACUUAUUGCGAAUGCCCUGUGUAUGAAAAAAUCAUCCCCAUCAUGCUGGAGCAUGGCUUGAAAAAACUACCUGAGAAGUGUCAGAUUUCACCUGGCAUCCCUCUCCGACCAAUGUUGGCCCAGCCAACCAAGGGCGUGGCUGACGUUUUGGCUCGCUUCGACGGCCGCAAGUUCACUUGCGAAUUCAAAUACGAUGGUGAAAGAGCUCAGGUCCACAUAAGUGACAAAGGCAAAACGGUCAGGAUUUUUAGUCGAAACCAAGAGGACAAUACUAGCAAAUACCCCGACCUUGUGUCCAGAAUUGGCUCGCAAAUCGAAUCUUAUGUCGAAGACUGUAUCUUGGACUGUGAGGCGGUCGCGUGGGACAGAGAAUCGGAGAAGAUUCUGCCUUUCCAAGUCUUAUCAACUCGCAAGAAGAAGGAUGCGAAUGAGUCUGAAAUUAAGAUUCAAGUGUGCUUGUUUGUUUUCGACUUGCUUUAUAUUAACGGCGAGCCGUUAGUUCGAUCCCCACUGAAUGAAAGAAGAAACAAGCUAAAAGAGAUUAUCAAAGAAGUGCCAGGGCAACUGAAGCUUGCUGACGGCCUGGACACUGACUCAUUGGAGGAAGUUCAAGCAUACCUCGAGCUGUCCAUCAAAGGUAAUUGCGAGGGCUUGAUGGUAAAGACCCUAGAGGAAGAAGCCACUUACGAAAUUGCUAAACGCUCUCGCAACUGGCUCAAACUGAAGAAGGAUUACCUGGAUGGCGUUGGCGACACCCUGGACUUGGUUGUGUUGGGUGGCUAUUUGGGUCGUGGCAAGAGGACUGGCGUGUACGGAGGAUUUUUGCUUGGUUGCUACGACCCUGAGGCUGAGGAGUAUCAGUCCAUUUGCAAAAUUGGAACUGGCUUCAGCGACGAAGAUUUGCAUAAGCAUUCCGAAUUUUUCAAAGAACACAUUCUCUCUGGGGGUGCCCGGCCCUAUUACCGAUACGAUCCCUCGCUUGAACCUGAUCACUGGUUUGAUGCAGUUCAAGUUUGGGAAGUAAAGUGCGCCGACCUUUCGCUCUCGCCGAUCCACAAAGCAGCGAUUGGCAUUGUUGAUCCAGAAAAAGGAAUUUCCCUUCGUUUCCCUCGUUUCUUGAGGAUCAGGGACGACAAGAAGGUCGAAGAGGCUACUGCAGCAUCACAGGUGGCUGAGUUUUACCAGAAUCAAGAACAAGUGAAAAAUCAAGCAGACAACAACAAGCCCAUGAACGAAGAGGACUUUUACUAAAAAGUAAAGCCCGAACGUAGAUAUUUUCUAAUGUGUAAUUUUACUCUACAGUAAAUAUUAAUGUGUUUAUGAAAAAUUAAAAAAAAUAAACCGAUUUUAGUGGUUUGUUAUAUAAUA